AUGUCUUAUACUGAACCAGAACCUUCUUCGAGGCAGACGGGUGAGAGAAGAAGACUGUUUUUGGAAGCAGGUGAGCAAUUUGCUUCAUCGUAUAAAAGAGCACAAUCUUACUUGGGACUGAGUUUACUUCUGGCAAACGAAUUUGAUGAUGUUUCUCCAAAUACAUCACCUCGUUUGGAGGCAGUGGAUUCGCCAACAAUUGAUGUCCACCUAGCUGGCGAGCUGCAACCUAAUCAUGGUUAUGACCAUAUAAGUUCUUUCACAUUUCCUCAUAAUGAGGAGAGUCGUCUUUUGGAGGAUGAGGCAUCUGUUAAGACACAAAUAUCAGCAUAUGGGUCUUCGACGGUACCUCACACCAUAUUUAACUCGGUCAAUACGUUAAUGGGUGUCGGGAUGCUCUCAUUACCAUUCGCAUUCAAACUAUCCGGGUGGAUAGUAAGCUCUGUGCUGUUAGUAGUCAUUGCUUUCACAACGAGUUUUACUGCAAAAAUAUUAGGACGAAUUUUGAAGAAGCAUCCAAACUUGAAAAGCUAUGGUGACAUUGCACGUCUAUAUGGGGGAAGUUCAAUUGAAGCAAUAGUUACUUUAUUUUUUUCGUUGGAUUUGAUGGGAGCAAUGAUAUCAAUGAUUAUCUUAUUCAGUAACUCCUUUAACAUUUUUUUCCCAUCGUUAUCGGUGAUCGUCUUCAAAUGUUUGAUUGUGUCAAUAGUUUUCGUCUUGUCUUUCUUACCUUUAUCGGUGUUGUCAUUAUUCAGCUUGCUAGGAAUAGUAUGCACAUCAUCCAUUCUAAUUAUCGUGAUCGUUUGUGGCUUGCUGACGACAGCUGGUCCAGGAUCUUUACUUUCUCCUGUUACUACAAGGCUUUUUCCUACUGAAUACAAGAACGUAUUUUUAAGCUUUGGAAUUUUUUUAUCGCCAUGGGGUGGACAUCCUGUUUUUCCUGAAUUUUACAGAGACAUGGUUCAUCCAUCUCGUUUUGAGAUAUGUUGCAAUGUGACAUUCUUUACAGCAUUUGAUUUAGAUUUCUUUUUGUCUUUUGCAGGAUAUUUAAUGUUUGGAGACGAUUGUCAAGAUUCCAUUACAAGCAAUCUCAUGACAAAUAAAGGAUAUCCGAAAUUAAUAAGUCCUUUGAUAUGUGUCUUUAUGGGCUUAUUGCCCAUUUCGAAGUUGCCUCUAAUAGCAAAACCUUUAAUUACAGUAUACGAGAGCUAUUUUGGAUUAUCAGAAUCAUUGGUAGAAUACGGAAAAAGAAAAGAGAUAUUUGGUUUCAAAAGGAUAGUAAGCAGAAUAAUCUUUUGUACAUUUAUUUUUAUUAUAUCUGUCAUAUUCACAUCUUUUGGACAAGUCGUUUCUUUGUUGGGAAGUGCGAUAUGUUUCACUAUUUGUUUGACUCUUCCUUUACUAUUCUACUCCAGCAUCUUUGAGGAUGAAUUGACAUCUUAUCAAAAGUUUUUCUUUCGCACUGGCGCAGCGAUUUCUUUCAUAUGUUCUUUAAUAGGUACAUAUGGCUCCAUAUUUAUAGAUCCGGUGUAA